AUGUAACUGAAGCUGUCGUAAAACGAGCAUUGAAGAAACCGAAAGAAGACACGCUGCACACGCAUCCAGUUUUACCGCUUAGCGCCGCACUGAAAAGGUUUAAGGUGUAGAAAUCAAGGAUUUGUUCCAGUUGGUAUCUUUGUGGUCCAGCUGUCGCCACAAUGAUCACCAGAAGAAGAAGCCGCAUGAACACCAUAGAGGUUCAGUCCGAGGAGGUUGAGGUGGUGGAUGUUGUGGGUGAAGAUCUCCUGGCGCCAUCUGAGGAUUUCCCCGCCGAUGAGUCGGAUCCUGCUGGAGCUGAACUUGAUGACCUGUUCGAAGACCUAAAAUGGACUCUAGAAAAAGAUAGUUCUUCUUCUCUCUUCGACAUCGACCUAGCAGAUUUCAGCGGAUAUGACGUCACAAACCAAAGCUCUGGUGUUGAAGUUUCGGCUGCCUCGUCUCCGGAGAGAACCAUGUCGGACCUCAGGAUGAAGAGCAAAGAGAACCGGUCGCACCAUGUCAACAAAAACGCCAUCGCUGCCAGAUUGAAUCGUUUAAAGAAGAAAGAAUAUGUCAGCAGCCUGGAGAAGCAAGUGGACGUCCUCUCGACAGAAAACGGCGUGCUCAAACGGGAGAACUCCUCGCUGACAAAACGCAUGGAGGAGUUAGAAGAUGAAACCAGGGGCCAGACUCAAACGACCAUGAUUACGCGUUGCCCAGGAAGCGGGUGAAAGUGGCGGAGAAAGAGUCAUCUGGUGGCGUGUGUCUGCACGUAGACAAGAACCACGUGUCAGUGGAGUUCUGCACAAAGUGUGCAGCGAGUGCAAGCACGGCGCUCAAAAUUUUCUUCUAGGUCGCUCCACCAUGCGGGAUGAGUGGCUUUCUGAACACCUUUACCUGCUUGGCUCCAUGUGGAUUCUGCUGAUGGGAGGUGAAGAGGCUGGACACGCUGCCGCCAACGUGGCCUGGUAUUUUUGUAAAGGUAGUAUCGGUAACAAACGGUAUAUGGAAUUUAUAUUUUACCAACAUUGUGCAACACUUAUAGCUGUUGAUGCUGUCAGCAAUUUUUUUUUUUUUUUUUUUUUACUACAGCUGCUCCUUUACUCGGAGMGACGCUGACACAGUCUCAUUGUAUAUAGUAUCUUCAGAUGAAAAUGUACAUAAAGUUACACAAACUGCUGUCAGAGUUGAUUUCCAUCAUGUUUAAUAAAGUGUAAAUGUUUAAUUUUGAACACAUUUUGUUUGAGGCAAAUGUUUUUUGCCGAUUGUCGAAGAAAUAAAUCACAUUUACUUUCA